AUGUUGUCAUCAGGUUGCGUCUUGUCUUCAUCUUCAACUGCAAAUGCUCCAACUGCCUUCUCUCCUCUCAACUGCACAACAAGACAUCCAUACUUCUCUUCACCUUCUCUCCUUCCCUCCCACCGCACCUUCAAUCCCCUAUGCCUCAGAUCCUUCACUCGCCAUUACGGAAUUCGAAUUGCCGACAAAUCCAAAACCAGCAACACAAGAAUCGCAGGGUUUCGCGUGCGUUCAUAUGCUGCUCCUUAUCCUUUCACCACUCCUAAUGUCCAGUGGAUCGCUACUGUUUCUGCUCUGGUUUUAGUACUGGCAAAGGGCACCACUGUACCCAAAUCAUUUCUUGUUCCAUUAUUUGCUUUGCAAGCACCUGCGGCUGUCUUUAACUGGAUCAAAGGUAGAUAUGGUGUGUGGUCAGCAUUCUUGGCACUUAUCGUCCGUCUUUUCUUUCAUAUUCCUGGUGAACUUGAGUUGCCAUUUAUAGCGUUACUCUUGGUGAUUGUAGCUCCUGAUGAGGCUAUAAGAUUAAGGGACACAAAAGAAGGUGCUGCAGUUUCUUUACUGAUUGCAGCGUAUUUGGCUUUCCAGCAUUUCUCAAGAACAAGCUUGGACAAAUCAUUUGACCAAGGUUCAGUUGUUGCCACCUUAGCUGUCAUCGGCAUCACUGUUGCGUCUGUGUUGCUUCUUAUCUGA